CAGAGGAGGAAGCAAUCUAAGCCAUGGCCAGCAACAAUUAAUUAUGUUGGCUAGAGCGCUUAUAAAUAAAUCCAAAGUUAUUAUUUUUGAUGAAGCAACUGCAAAUGUAGAUCUUGAAACUGACUUCAAGCUCCAGAAAUCAAUACGUGAAGAAUUCAAAGAUUCGACUUUAUUAUAUAUCACGCAUCGCUUAAAGACGGUUAUUGAUUAUGACAGAAUUUUAGUAUUCUGGAAGUGUCGUGGAAUCCGGCCAUCCAUGUGA